AUGUCGACAUCUACUGAAUCACCUGUCCUCGCUGGCCCCCCAGGAGAUUGCUGCACCAGAGGAGUCAAACAUUUUGGCAAUCCUAUUGGAAAGAUCAUCACUAUCGCCGAUGUACCGACGUACCUAUCUGAACCUCCGGCCAUCGUGCAUAGUGAAGGACCAAAGAAGGUGGUUUUGUUCUUUGCAGACAUCUUUGGGCCGCUCUAUGUCAACGCUCGACUCUUGCAAGAUUAUUAUGCUUCCCAUGGAUACUACGUUCUCGGAGUUGAUUACUUCUUUGGUGAUGCAAUCUAUCUUCAUGAUGAAGAGCCGAACUUUGACAAGCCGGCGUGGUUGACGAAGCAAAGGGAAAAAGCGAAGGAAAUUACUCCCAAAUGGAUUGAGGCGGUAAGGGAAAUCUAUGGUGACGCAAAGUACAAUGCUGUUGGAUAUUGCUUCGGAGGGCCCUUUGUACUAGAACUCGCCACUACAGACAAAGUCGUCGCGUCUGCUUUUGCCCAUCCGGCGUUUUUAAAUGAAGAUCAUUUCAAGGAAAUCAAAAAACCACUUUUAUUGUCCUGCGCAGAAACCGACCACACUUUCCCGACGGAAUCUCGUCGCCGAGCAGAAGAUAUCCUAGCAGAGGUCAAAGCUACUUACCAUGUCCAGGUCUUCUCCGGCGUUUUGCACGGAUUCGGGACGCGUGGGGAUCCUGAGGUGGAGAAUAGCCGUUGGGCUAAGGAAGAGUCCGCUCGUAGCAUUAUCGAAUGGUUCAAUAGGUUCAGCAAAUGAUCUCUCACAGUAGCAUUGGGCCUUGUCAAUACCUACCCAAAUCAAGUUGUUGAGGGCCC